GACAGCCGGGUGAAUUCUGUACAGAGCAACGCUACCGCUUAACACAGACAAAGCAGCGACCAACAGUCACAGACCAGAUUGCGUCCACUAACAAACUCGAGGUAGCGCGAACCACAGACGAAGCAGCACCCAACAGAUAAGAAACAAGAUGAGAGUGAUACUGCUUACCAUAGUACUAUGCCUGAUCGUGUCGGCUCAAGCGAGACCAAAUAGAAAAAGACGGCAAACUGAGGAAAGACCCUCUAUUCCAGAUGUUGAGGUCCCGGAUGAGAACACUGAAGAUGGGAGCACUGAAGACGGAAACACUAAAGUCGGAAACACUGAAGAUGGGGAACCUAAAGAUGAGAAACCUGUAACGAGACCUGGAUCACCUAACUCUACUGAUAGGCCUCGCUCUGGUGAAGAUGAUGAUUCUGAUGACGACAAAAAUGGAAACGACGAUGGAAAUGAUAAAGAUGUAAAAGAUGAUACAGAUGGAAAAGAUCGUAAAGGAGGGAAAAAAGGUAAAGAUGGGAAAGAUGGUAAAGAAGAGAAAAAUGGUAAAGGAGGGAAAGAUGGGAAAAGUGGAACAGAUGAUAAAGAUGGAGAAGAUGGUAAAGGAGGGGAAAAUGGGAAGAGAGGAAACGGUGGGAGUGAUGGAGGAGAUAAUAAAGUCGGUAAAGGUGGAAAAGAUCGCAAAAGGAAUUAACAAAUAACAAUCACUUCAAAAUCGGAGAAAGAUAUUGUCCAUUCGGUUAAUCGGUUAUAAAGAAUAUUAACAAUCUAUCUUCCGAGAGGCUAUCAACAUUACCUCCCGUUAGCCAUGACGACACCAAUGGAACAAGUGCUUACAUAUUGUCACAAUAAUAAUUUCAAGUGUAACAACAUGUGAAACAUCUCAUGCAAGAAAGUUUCACAGCAAAUCAAAUAAAAGUUGAAAUCAG